AAUAAAGUUAUUUAGAGACAAAAUGAUGGGUCUUAAAGUGAUUUCAGAAUGUAAUGGAUUAUAAAAUAGUCAGAUCAGUUUUUAAGAGACGAUGUUAUUAAGAAUAAGUAAUAGAUAUACGAUACCUACCUGGAAUACCAUCCUUAAGGGACUAAAUGAGUUGAUAUAUACAUAUACUAUACAUAUACAUCAAAUACAUAUAUAUAAAUAUUGUGAUAGGUCAUCUGCCAGCAAGUGCCCAGUGAUGUGACUAGAGCCCACGUGCAAAAAUUAGCGUGCUUGAUUCAUUAUUCAUCUCCGGACGAGAUUUUGACCUUGAGUUACCGCAUAUAAUAGUGUCUGCUUGCUAAUUCUUAAACCUCCGAGGUCUUGAAAAACAUCAUUCUAUUUUUCGAGAAAAGCUCAAAAUAAUACAGUUAGUUUGUGAUAAUAAUAUUAAAAUACCUACACAAAUAGUAUGUUUUACGAAAAAUGUUCCACAGCAAGAAUCGAUUGCUAUGUUAUUGAUUUGAAUAUCUUUAGCGAGUAGUCUUGCAAACUUCCUACACAACCUUGUCAGUAAUAAUCGAAAUAGCAAAAAAAAGUUUUACAUUUCUAAGAAAAAAAUUAUGAAUUUUAUAUUCAACGUUAAGGUUAAGUACGUUGAAACCAUUCAUAACACACAAAUGCAGUAAAUCAAAACACACGCAGCACUGACGGAUAUUUGCAAUUGUAAAAUUUCGCUAGAAUUUACGAUUGCCUGUAAUAACAUGGGAAAUUUAAAAGCUAAGCCAUUAAAUUCAAUAUAUAUAUAUAUAAUUUAUCUUAGUGGUACUUUAAUUUCCCGUCUAAAUGCAAAUAAAACAAUUGCAGCACAAAAGCAAGGUAAACCAAACGCCAAUUAAAAUGGCAAACAAGCCAAACAAAAGGAUAAACAUAAAAUAAUAAAAAAGAAAAAAAAAUAAUAUAAAAAGUGCAUUAAAAUAUCGAAAUUGAUGAAUAAGGUAAAAUAUUUACAUUUGACUGAAGUGUUUACCUUUAGUGUAUGUGAGUGCAAAACAAAAGAGAAAAGUGCAAAAUAAUCAAAUAAAAUAAAACAAGCUGAAUUGCAAUCCAAACAAGCGCCGGCAAAUAGCAAUGAGGCAAAACAAAAAGGCAAAAUAUGCUUAACAACACAAAUAAGCGAAAUUGGCGAAAAUUAUUAUGCAAACAAAUAAAUCAAAGCGCAGCAAACAGAGCAGAAAACAGUGGAAAUGUUAAACAGCAAUGCUGUUUAGGCAGCAAUAAAGCGUUUAAAGCACAACAUCCCUUUCCUGCAAAUCAAAGCAAAAAUAUUUAAUAUAUGAAAGCCCAGCGAAAAUAAUUGUUAAAGAGAAUAAAGCAUAAUUACAGCAUAUCAAAUGAAAUCAAAUGAAAUCAACUAUUUUAAAAUUGAAUUACACAAAAUCAUAAACAAAAGUGUUUGGAAAUUAUUAAACCCAAAUAAAAUACAGUGCAAUCUAAUAUGCGCGGCAAAAUAUUGCCAAAUUAAUGUGAAAUGUGAGUGAAAAUAAUCUGCAAAUUUCGACGAAACAAAAUACGCAAUUUGAAUAAAAAUACAUACAUAUUAGCAUAAACAGAUACUACAUGCCUGAGUGUGUGCACCAUGGCGUAUGAGUAAUUGAAUAUUUCAAAUUCAGUCAAACAGCAGCGCAACGAACGCGCGUGCAUGUGGAAACUGUAACUCAUUGCUGUCACAAAUUUAUAUUUUAUUUACAAAAUUUAAGCGUUGCGCAUUUCUGCGACCAGACAGUUAGUUUGACAGUCACGCAGACAGACAUUUGUACAAACUUGUCGGAGACUGUGCAUAGCGCAGUGUAAUUGGCGCAAAUGUCGCCAAUGUAAAUGUGAAAAAAAGUAUUGUCUGUGCUAAACACUCCAGCUAUGGACGCUAAAUUGGAUUCACGUCAAGGACAAUUUCCGGCUUCCUUUCCGGACACAUUCAAGGAUUUCUUUGCUGUUAUGAGCGAAGACGAAGAUCAUCUCGAUUUGUUCUCGAAUUUGCUGGAAGAUAAGGUGAUACCGCAUCACAACAAUGCCAGCCACAGUACAGCGGGCAACAGCAGCAGCAAUCGCUUCAUGCAACGGCGACACGGUGGCAGUCUCCGUUGUCCCACAAACCCGCAAAGCGCCAGCGGCGAAGGCGCCAACCAUUCAGUCGGCCGCUCGAGCUCGUUUCGCGUGCAUCGACCGCGAAACCCGGCGGCCACAUAUGGUGGCGGCGUUGGUGGAGGCAUAAGUAGUAGUAGUAGCAUAAUCACAUUGAAUAGCAUCGGACAGUGUGUUGGUGGUGGUGGUGGUCACAGCCAAACCAAUAGUGGCCACAGCACUGGCAGUGGCAGCAGUGGUGGCGGCAGUAAUGGCAAUGGCAACUUAUUUUGUAAGCACAUCAAAUAUUGCUGCCUGCAUCAGCAACAUCCACAACUGCCCACCAUAGCAGGCGCCACCACGCCUCAUCACCAGCAUCCGCUCCAGCAACAGCAGCUGAAACAGCAAGCACAGCCACAACAGCAACAGCCAACACAACCGAAGUCGCCGCACAAACACCGUUUGGCGCAACAAUCAGCGCAAAUGCAAACAAAAUCCGCAGUAACUGUGCCGACAGCGGCAGCAGCCGGUCACUACUUACAACAACACGUGCAUCACUAUCAGCCCACAGGCGGUUCAUAUGCGUCGGAUUAUAGCAAUGAGAUUAGCGGUAGUGUGCGCAUGGGACCCGAUGGCGAGGACAACAGUGGCGCUGAUGGCAAGGAUCGACAACAGCAUUUAUACGGUGUACAACAUAUGCAUCAGAAACAACAGCAACAUCAUCAUCAGCAACAACAGCAACAGCGUGCGGCAGCGUUGCAAAAACGGCAUUCGGUGAUAUUGGAAAGAGCAUUCGAUUUUGAUGCCAGCUGUGAGGAAAGUGAUACCAUAAGCACCACUUCUUCGACACCCACGCUCGCUGAAUUGCCUUUGUUAGCGCCACAGCCACCACCAAGCAAUACGACCACUGUGCUAAAGCCAAUUCUAAAGAAACCGACAACAGCUGUGCCACAGUAUCAGCAAAUGCACACACAACAACAACUGCAACACCAUCAAAGCCAGCACCAACAACAGCAAAUGCAACUAAACACAUUAAAGUCGACAGGACCAGCAACAACGACAGCCGCCACCGCGCAAACGAACGUCUGUUGCAAAGAACAAAUGCUGCCACAUCGCGCGCUCCCCCAACCACCGAAGGGACGCGGCUACGGCGCAUACCACACCAAAGAGGCCGUACUGCAGCGUGUGCAACAACAGAGCGGCCUACUUUCCGGCAGUCGCACAAAUCUCAACACGCUAAGUGGCAUGUUAGGAUCAGCGAUAAAUCUCGCCGGCAUCGGAGGCGGCCUCUGUGCGAACGCUAACCCGGGCUUGGGCAAUAACGUGGCGACGGCCGGUGCGCCCAUCGAACUGACGUGUGCGGGUGUUGUGGGCGAUUGUGUUGGCAACAAUAUGGGCGGUGGCGAGUUGCACUACAGCAACAGUAAUUACAACUUUGAUGCGACGACAGUAAAAACAGCAGCAGCCGCGACUGACGUGGGCGGUGCAGAGCUUAAAAUGGCGCUAGCGGGUACACCAGCUUGUUGUGCGGCCAAUAAUGCGCCACCCACCAACACCACCUCCACCAGCGCCAACACUAACACCAAUACCAACACGGGCAACAGUGCCGCUAAUGUAACCAAUAACUUGUUGUACAUGGACCUGCACACGGCCCAUCCGGCACACCCGAAAACAUCGACGUCAGUGAAUAAAUUCAGCGAUCUAUUAAAUGCUGCCAGCGCAAAUUUUGUCAACGCUGUUGCAGCGCCGGCUAUUAGCGCGAACUCCAACAGCAGCAGCAACAGUAAUCAUAACGGUGCCAUAGCGGCAGCGGUCGCAUUGGGCAACACUGGUCGCAGUAGUGCCAGCACCAAACGUGUGCAAAAAUCACCAUUACUCACCAGACGCCGUUCCUCAUCCAUCGUCACAAAUCUAUUGGCUUCCGAUGUUAGUUAUAAUCGUGGUGAGGGUACAACUCUUGCUGAUAUUACAAAUUUGAGAAAUCAUCAUGCAACAACAACGGAUGGCAGCACAAUCAAUUUAACGCACAGUGGCACGCGUGACCGCAUCACGUUGGCGAAAUCACCAGUGAGCGGCAAACCGACACGCCUCCCCUCACUGCACUCCAUGGGCAUUGACAGUGGCGGAAGUGGCAGCGGCAGCGGCAGUGGCAGUGGCAGCAGUGCCGGUGUGCUCACCUUUCAACAAGCCAUGUCUGGCGCCGUCUCACCGCAGUAUUCCACUGCCGCACCGCUACUGUUCGGUGGCGGCGGCGGUGCAGGCAUUGGUGGCAGCAUAGCCACAAAUAUGGAUUUGUUAUGUGGUUCAUCCACGGCGCUCGCCUCCGUGUUGGAGGACACUGCAACAAGUGCUGGUGAUAUGGUCAGUGACAUGCUGCAGACUGGUGACUCGCCAACCAUGAGCCAUCAUCAUAACAACGGCAACGGCGGUGGCAGCAACAACAAUAACAAGAAUAACGGUUUGAAUGAUAGUCACUAUGAGCUAGAUGUUAUCGAAAGCGGCAUUGGCAGCGUGGGCGCGGUCGUCAAUGUGGGCACAAGCGGUGUGCAUCGUGCUGCCUCCAAUAUAUUGCACAGCAGUUCAGCGACCAUUGCACAGCUGCAGGGCAGUCGACAGCGUCAACGGAUGCGCACCUCGAGUAUGCCAGCUGAAAGUAGAAAGCCACGUCUCGCCGAUACGCGGCGUGCAGCAAUACAUUGUGCCGACCUCGAUUUGGAAUAUUAUCGCCUAAGGAGUUUCAGCAUCACGUCGCAUGGUGUAUGCAAUUUGGGUGAUUCCCUGCGAAGCCGCCGAUCACGUUCAAUCAACUCAGUCACAUCGACGGGCACUUCCAACAGCGGCAAGGAGCACCGGAACAACAGCAAUGCAUCGCAUAUAUCCGGCGACAACAUUUUUGAGUCUACGGAGAAACAGGAUGCAGGCAAAGCGCCGAUACCCGCCUAUAAAAUUGCAAUGCUUGGCGCUUCUGGUGUUGGCAAAACGACAUUAACCUAUCAAUUCACAACAUCCGAUUACAUUUGUGCCUACGACUUGAGUUUGGACGACGAUUACGGUCAAAAGACAGUGUCUGUGCUUGUUGAUGGCAUCGAAACGGACUUGGAAAUUAUCGAUCAUCCUGCCUGUGAAAUGUCGACGGAAGCCUUUUGUUCGACCUACAACAUCGAUUUAUUUGUUGUUGUCUACUCGGUGGUGGAUCGCAAUUCCUUUAAGGCGGCCGAGAAGGUUUUGCAAUAUUUGAAAGAACAUGAAAUGUUGCUGACACGUGGCGCUAUUUUAGUUGGCAAUAAAACGGAUUUAGAGCGACAUCGCGAGGUUAAUCGUCAGGCUGGUCGCAAGUUGGCUAAAGAGAUUUGCUGUAAAUUUAUUGAGACCUCCUCUGGACUUGAUCACAAUGUUAACGAGCUACUCGUCGGUAUUGUCGCGCAGUCAAAAUUGAAUCCACAGCGUAUACGUAACCUCGACGAGCGCGAUCGUCAACGUCUCAGUCUACAGAGUGCUAUACAAAAGCACCGACACAUGCACAUAGCGCCACGGCGUAUGGUACGACAGGUGUCCAUGUAUCAUCCCGAUGACGAUGAAGACGAUACAGCCGAUAAUGAAAACAAUGCGAGUAAUAGAGCUGGUGUUAGUGCCAACAAUGGCGACAACGUUGAUGAAAAUCAACCCGCCGCUGAUGAAGGCAUCGGCACUGGCAGCGAACGCACCGUAAGCACGAGUCUCUCUUCAACCGGGAUGGGUAUCAAACUGGCAACUUCGAAGAACUAUGUACAACGCACCAAUAAACGUACGCUUAAUUUGGAAAGUAUACUCAAGAUGGGUGAGAGUGAGUUAGAAGAUGAAGAAGAAGCGAUACAGCGACAACCGGCACUGCUCAAGCAGCAACAACAAAGGCGUCCCAUGAGUAAAUUCGAUCUGCUUCUAUCUGGUGGCAAGAACAGUUUAAACACAUCACCAAAGAAUCGUCGAUUCUACGGUAGUGGCGCUGUAAGCGGUGCAAUCGGCGCUUUUACCGGCGGCAGACGCUGCGUUAGCGAUGGUUCAACGAGUGACAAUUACACGGAGAGCAAUGAUCAGCUGUUGGACGAAGGUAAUCGAAAGACAGUGUCCAAGUUAACGAAUCGUACGAAAGUGUUUCUCUCAUCGGUGCUGAAGUUCAAGAAAGCGGUGAAUAUGCGUCGUAGAAACUCUUCCAGUUGUAGUGAUCUAUUCGUUAUAUAAGAGU